AGCAUUCUUUUACAGUGAUAGCGGACUCUGACAGGAAGCUGUACAGCUCACUUCCCUCAAACUUAAAUGUGUGAAAAAAGAAAAGUUUCCGAGACAUACUAGGAAAAGCAGACUGCCUUCCACCCAGAUCGUGCAGUGCAUCUUGUGCACGGUGUUGCCUCGGGCUGGCAAAUUUUGGUAAUGGCAAAUUUGCUACAGCUGUGACUGUCCCCAUCAUUAGAUGAUGGUGCCCCAGCUGGGAGCUCACUGCUGCUUGCUGAGUGACAGCUCUCCCCUCCCGCGCUGGCAGAGCUGCUGUUGUAGCAUCCAUGCUGCUUCCUAGACUGAUCAACAACAUUCCUUGCAUUGCCGCCCAAUAAGGAGCUGCUCAUGGAACUAAUGAUCGCACAGCCUCAUUACAAAAACUUAAUUGGAUCUCAUGAUGCACCACGGAGGACCUCAUUUAACACGUUAUGCUAGGCUAACAGUCCAGCUCGGCUGCAGAUUGUGGUAAAAUUCAGUCCUUGGUCUGGCAAGUUUUUUUUUCCGCUCUGGGACGGGGACAAGAGGGCGUCUCCUGCAAUGCUCGUCUUGGGAAAGAUUGCAAAAUAGUUUCACAGAAAUCUGGAAACAUGAACAGAAAGUCUAGCUGCUUGCCACUUCUUCUUACUGUUGUUCCGUUAUUUAGUAGCACUGAUUCUCAAAAUCGCAACAAUAGAUGCAAAAGGUUUAAGGACAAAGUAACUAUUUAAAUGUUCCGGAUUUUUGAGAGACUGGGAUCUUUCUCCAAUAGCUAGUUAAAAGCAAAUAAAGCCCCCCUCCCCAGAUGACAGCAGCCUCUUUCUGUUAUUAAAAUAUAUAAGGGACAUCUGGCGGGCCGUGUUACCAAGGACUGCUUGUUUUACCACUGAGUGCUCAGAUGCACCAGUUGCUGCCUCAGUGACGAAGGAGGAGGAAGAUCGCACGCAGAAUGGCACCACAUUCACCUUCCAGCUUGGAAAAAGGAGCCCACCACCUCUUCUGCUGCUGAACUUACCUAACUAGUUGUCCGGGAGCACGGGGAAAGGAAACCACCUACAUUGUCCCCUGGACAACUUGGAUUAUAGCAUCUGAAAGGCUGCUGGAAAACAAUUCUUACUUUACAGCAGUUUGAUAUCAACUUUUCCCACCGAAACAGGCUGCUAACAGCAGAAAUCGUUGCGUUUUCUUUCUGGCCAAAGAUCAGAUCAUUUCCUACCCACCAGUGCCUUACUUUGUGCCCAAAUCCAUGUUGGACUGAGGGAUAUUAUGGCCUCGGCUGUGUUUGAGGGUACGUCUCUGGUAAACAUGUAUGUGAAGGAUUGCUGGGUGAAUGGGAUCCGCAGGAUUAUUAUCAACAAACGAGGCGCUGAAGAGGAGUUCUAUGAGCUUCGGAUUGAGUGGUCAGAUAGGCACAUUUUGUACUUACACCGCAGUUACUCAGAUCUCUGCAGACUUUUCAAGAAACUCUUAGAGUCUUUUCCAAAAGACCGUGACGAGCUCUCACAGUCCCUGCUUCUGGAAGGUCUAAUUGCAGUAAAGAAAGCUAAUGAUAUUGAAGUCAGGUUGAAUGAAGUGGAGAAGCUGCUCAAGUCCUUCAUUAACUUGCCUUGCAAAUAUUCUAGGUCUGAAGUUGUGUUGACAUUCUUUGAAAGAUCCCCACUAGACCAAGUGUUGAAGAAUGACAAUGAUGAAAAAAUCCAACCAAGUUUUCAAAAUUCUGUAAAAAUUUCAGAAAUCAUGCGCUCAAAUGGUUUUUGUUUAGCUAAUACAGAGACCAUCGUAUAUGACCACAGCAUUCCUAAUGGCAAGGAAGAACACCUUGAACCAGAAUUGCCAGAGCACCUGUUUGAAAAUGAGACAGACUUCACAUCAGAACUGCUUGACAGUGAAGACCCUACGGCCUAUGUUACCAAUUUGUCUUACUAUCAUUUGGUUCCUUUUGAAACAGAUAUUUUAGAAUGAAUGUGACUUCUGCUUUACCAGCUGGCUUUUGCUAUCAGCUUUACCUACCAUAUUCUUUUCCCUAUUAUAAGAUAAGUGGUACCACUGGGGGAAGGAUACUCAUAUAUAUACAUAAAAGACUGCCUAAGUGCCUAAGUAUUUGUUGCUGCAUAGAUAAAAGGAAUCAGAAAAGUAUGAAGGAACUUAAAUAGCCGAAAGAUUACACUGGCUGAUUUCAGCAGUUAAAACUAUUGCAGCUACUACGACUGAAGAUUUUGUUCUCGUACUGAGAAUGAAACUGUGCUAAAGUAACUUUCUUUUUUCAUUCCAAUCUGUUUACAAGUGGUAUUGAUGACAUAUCGUCUCAUCUAUGAAAUUCAAAAACAUGCAGUCACUGAAGAAAUUCUGUAAAGUUCUCUCUCACUCUAGUGAAAAUGUUAGCUAGUUGACUGUGGCUUUUUGUUUCAGUGGUGCCACCUGCUGGGAUGAAUAAGUUAUUGCUUCAGAAAUACAUGUGUAGGAUUAACUGUGUGAGGUUCAUAGAAAAGCUGCUUGAAGCUGGGACUAUAAAAUUAAGGUUGCAAUGCAUGCUUGCUUUUCAUGCACUAAGUUAUUCUCGUGAGAAUAAUAAAUGCCUAACGGACUAGUAACUUGAUUUCUAGGGAACAUACUGCAAAGCUGAAUUUUCAUACUCCUGAUGUAGUUUUGCACAAAGGGAAAUUUAAGGCUACAUUAAGGUAGUGUGUGAGUGCUGAAUCUGCUAAAUUAACUGCAGCAAUAUUCCAAAUGAAGACAAGAGAUGAGGAAUAUGACUCAGUGUUCUGAGUUUAUGGACAGCUGCAGUCUGGGAGCUAAACCUCAGAUCCAACAUACAUUCCCUCGUGAUCUGUGAACAUAAAUAGUCUAUGUUUAUGUACAUACUAAGUUAUUUGAGACUUUGAAACAUUUUAUACAAUGCAUUUUCAAUGUGUUAUAAUGGAAGAAAGUGCUAAUCACAUUUUAAGUAUUUAAUUCAUUUAAUUUUUGCAGAUUAACAAAUGGAUAAUAAGGCUGCUAGAUUUUUAAAUGCAAAAUAAAAAUGAAAUAAGAAAGUGCA